AGGUGCAUUUUACAUUCUGUCAAAUAUAAUAUUCUUUGUUGAUCAAAAUGUUUUUGUGGCGUUAGUUUUAAUGAAGUGAUGAUAUGACAAACGACCGCAUAACAACCAGUGCCCACGUUUCUUACAUAUAAAUAUAUAUAUAUAAAUAAUUUGAACGCGACAACUAUGGAAACGUUAGAAUAAACACGGAUAUAGCAUUUUAACAUCUAAUUGAAGAAGAAAAAGUUUUCACCGACUUCCCGUGAACGCGCCGUUAGUCCGGACUAGAGAGGGAGGAGGAGGGGGGGGGUGCGUGGGCGUGGGUUGACCGGCUUUCUCGGAGGCUCAGACACAAUGAACCGUCAGACGGAGAGGGGCACGCGCGUUGGGCCCGGGGCAUUAGCAUGAUUUUAGAACAUUAAUAUUUUUAGACGUGCCUUGAUAUUGUUUUGUAAACUUCCUCUUAAACUGCUGACACACCAUAUGACCGCAUCAACUCUCGACUGGAAGCAGGUUGGACGUCGAGUUUGAGGAGAACGAGGUCGGGAUCAGACCAACGUCACAGUUUGCCCCUCCUAGCGAGACUUUUCGUUCUUUUUUCCCCCCGCGGACACACACACACACACACACACUAAAAAAACCCGAAACCAAACAAGAUAAAAAAUGUCGCUGCCUGCUUCGUCUGAUUACUUCGCCGCGGAGUGUCUCGUCUCGAUCUCCAGCGGUCCCGUACUGCACAGACCCACUCCGGUGGCCCCCGCCAGCCAGCCCGCCCCGGUGGGCCUUCACCCCGGGGAGCCCGACGGGUCGAGCGAGGACAGGGAAGUUCGAGAGACGCUGAGGCUGGAGGGAACCAACAUGAUGACGGUGGCCGGGAUCCUCACCGACCUGCACAGCAAGUUCCGCCCGAUGUCGGCCUACUCGGAGAGCAGCAACUCCUCGUGCGGUGGGGAGAGCGGGUACACCACGUUGUCCGACCCCACCACCCCGACCAUGACCCCCUCCGCAACACCCGUCCCCGGACAGCAGCAGCAUCAUCUCCAGCAGCAGCACCUCCGAGGGGCCGGGGGAGUCGGGCCUUCGCGGUCCCCCGUCAAACGACAUCAGUGCACUUUUGACGGAUGCGACAGAGUUUACGGGAAAUCAUCGCACCUGAAGGCUCACAUCCGGACACACACAGGUGAGAGGCCUUUCCCCUGCACCUGGCCCAAGUGCGAGAAGAAGUUCGCACGCUCUGACGAGCUCGCCCGCCACACCCGCACCCACACGGGGGAGAAGCGCUUCCUGUGCCCGCUGUGCGACAAGCGCUUCAUGCGCAGCGACCACCUGAUUAAGCACGCCCGCCGCCACCCCGACUUCCAGCCCUCCUUGCUGGCUCGCUGCAAGGCCACGCCCACGUCUUCCCACCAACCCGCCCACACCUAGGAGGGCGCUUAGGUGAUGUCUGUUUCAAAGUCAACCAGCUACAAUCAAAUCCACUGGGCCGUACUCCAAAACACACAUGCACACACACGCAAGGAAGAGGUGAACAUCUAAGAAAUCUCCCCAUUUCAGUCCUCACUUACCCAAAAAAUGAUCUCUUCGGACCUAGCGCUCUUCCGCUUGCGAUUCCUGGUUGCACACGCGUGUAUAGAAGUUUACAGAACAGCAGAUUGGACUAAGCCUUCUGAGGUGUUAGAGCUUUACUGCAGGCGGGUAGAAAUUACGCAGCGCUGCGUGAAACUGAACAUAUGCAAGAACAAAAGAGGAAGUGCUUUUAGAGAUUCACCACAGAACGGCAGAUGGAUGGAUUUUCUCCAGAACAUAAUUGGUUCCUAACCACCACCUUGAAAUUUAAAGGUAUAAAACACCUGUAAAAUUCAAUCAUACCAAGAAACAUUCCUGAAGCUUGCCUCCAACAUAACGUUAAUACUGUUUCCACCUUUUCUAACCAAAAAAAACCCCCACAACUCACAGAAUACCUCAUUGUUUAACGCAGGUUCACGGCAGCACAAUCAGUUUCAGUCCUGAUGCUUUCUCUUUAGCUUCAACGAGAACGGUGGAGUGCAUCCUAAGCCAUAGAGAACUCCGAAUCCUAACGUCUCAGAUUCAAACACUUUUUUGCAAGUUGCAGGGAUUUUUCACAUUUUCUUUCAUUUCUGUAAAAAAAGAAAAAGAAAAAAAAAAGAUGAUGUUCAUACUUCUCCUCAUUGAGAUUUUCACUGGUUUCUCAUGGUUCAUCCUUAGGGCUAAGCGUUAAGUUUGUGAUAUUAGGUAGCCGGGCGGUGACUAGAACUUUUUUUUAUUUUUGCUGUUGCUUUGCUUUUUUUGAGUCCUAGCGAUGAACCAUUCAUGUUUAUUCAUUAGUAGUAACUAUAUGUGGGAUAUCUUGUCGAUAUUUCCAUCCGAUCGCAUCGUUUGGUCGGGAAGCAGAACACACCUCUGUAGACAAGCAGUUUGCACACCACUCUGAAGGCUAGAAUCAUUAUCUUCACAUAAUACGCAGCAGUGUUAUGUCUAAUAUUGAUGCAAUUGUAUAUAAGCUUUAAGCUUUUAAUGUAGAAUAAAUGGUAAUGCUACUAGCAGCAGAAAUUAUACAUGUAGUCCUUAUAUUAGGGGUAAUAUUAUGCUAGAUAGGUUGGCAUUGCCAGUGAGAGUUGGUGUGUGUGUUUUGUUUUCUUUUUUUUUCUCUUUAUAAUUUGAAAGGAUAGUGAUUGAAAUUGUAAGUGUGUGCGUGUGUAAAAGUUGGACUUUUUUCUUUUUUUUUUACUUUUCUCGGCGGGGAAGAGAACGGAUGUGUGUUUAGCUCGGUGCUGCCUUCAGAUUAAAAGCAUUCGAUCCUCUGGCUUUGUCAGACCAGAUGGUAGAAUGUGUGGAAGUGCGUGGGAUCAGGUGUGCCAGAUGGAUUUUUUUUUUUCCAUCUUCUUCAACUUCUUUUUCUUCCAGUGCAGAUAAACAAGUCUUACAGGUCCCACUGGAAGAAUAAUCUGAUUGCAACAGUUUUUUUUGUUUUGUUUUGUUAUUUGUGUGGAAAUCCAAACAUGGUUGCUAGGCAUUUGGAUCAUCGGCACUGAAGAAGAGCUGGUGUCAGUAAUAAGAUGCAAACAAAACAUGACUGCAAUCACUUGACCAAACGAAAACGAAAUUCUGACUGCUACAUUGUCAGACCUGAUGUGUUAACAAAACAAAACAAAAAAAACAGUGACAGCAGCUUUUAUUAGCCUAAUAAGUUCAGUCUGGUGCUGCUUGCUUUGCUGCUUUGUCAUUAUGCAUAGUUACAGUUUUCAUCACUCUUCAGUCAAAAUUUCAGUGGAGAAGAAAGAACAUGCAGUUCAUUCCUACACUGUUACAGCUAGACAUUCACUAGAGUAUUAUGGCUACUGGCAAAAAAAAAGGAUUCAUAAAGUCAGAUUUCUGGGAAUAAAGUUGGAAUUCUGGGAUUAAAGUCAGAUUUUCAUUCAUUAUUAUUAUUUCCCAGAGGCCCUAAUCCUCCUCCAUAGAUAUCAGUUAUAACUUGUAGGGAAAAACAGGUUUUGUGGGUACAAUACAUGUUAUUUACCAGCAUGAAGUUGCUACUAGUUUACUUUGCGCACUGCGCACAUUAAUUAGCAUAUGGUCCAUUUUGGGUUACAUUAAUUUACUUUUUCCCGACUCAAUGCACAAAUUAUCGUAAACCCACUGCAACUAUAAGUAGAGGGAUGGGAACUGUAAUUCCUGGCUGUUAUAUCGGGGAACAAAAUGGCGAAGCAGCAAAAGUAACCCAGAACCAUUUUUGUCAAACGAAAACGUACCAAAUAAAACGUUUAAAACCUGUCGCAUAAAACCCUCCAAAACAUUAGAAAGAAAAUCAAAUCAUUCAGGAAUAAGAAGGAGCCGGCAUUACAUUUUUAAGUAAAGACUAAAAAUGACCAAAGUAUUGUAGUAAUUAUUGAAAAAUACAGAUACGUCAAUGUUAUUUGUAACAUUCAAAAAGCCUUGACAUACCUUUAGCAGGUGAGCACGCGCCCCUUUUUCAUACUCCACCCGAACAGGCGUUUUACUCCGAGGUACACAGUUUUCACUAAAGCCUCAAGAGGGCGACGUAGAGCUGGGAAGAAACAAAAAAAAGGAAGCGAACGAAGCUAGACUCGUUGUAUCCUCCUCCCUGCGAGAUGAAUUAUCCCCACGGGGAAAAUGACAAAUCUCUCUUCGCUCCGUUCCUUAAAAAUAAGCCUGGUUGUUGUUGUUGUUGUUGUUGUUCUUCUUCUUCUUCUUCUUCUGCUCAAGAUUUAGCUGUUUUGUGUGAAUGGCGCUACCUUUUGGUUGGGUGCUUUAUUGUUGCUGUCGAAGCGGGCAGUGUGCGCAGUUUGGAGCAACAGGUUCACUGCGCCACUUCCUGUUGCAUCACAAGUAAGGGGCUUUUAACCGAAAAAUUUUCGCGACUGAAAAUUUGAGUCAUUCUGAAAAGCGGACUUUGGUACCAGUAACCGGGCCACGCAUGUUCAGGAGUUUUUGCUCAAGGUGAAGCCAGUCAGUCUUUCGUGUCAGUGAUCCCUGCACUGUUUAUCCCACAUUCCUUUUGUCUCAGCGACCAGGUCUAUCGGGAGACGUUUGAAAGCCUUGAGCAUCGUCAUGACUACUUAUUCACCGUGUUUACAGCUGCAUCAUCACAAAGGUGGAUAUUCCAUCAGAAACAUGCAAGAUGGCACUUUUUUUUUUUUUUUCCCUGAAAGAUGCACAUGGCUGAAGAGUGGAAUGGCUUGCACUGUGACUGAGUCUCUACAAGCACGCACUGUGGAAACUUUGCUAAUGUUUAUAACAAAUGGUUUGUAUAAAAAGAGAAUAAAACUGCCUUUUCCCCAUUUGCUUUAAAAAGCGAGAUAAACGAACCGGGUAGUCGUUGCUUUUAUUAUUUUUGUUGUUUUUCUUUUUUAGUCUAACUUAGUUAUCCAGGCCAUUUCUUCUUGUGGAAUUUCUUCCGUAGAUGAUUGUUGUACCUUGAUCCUCCAACGUAAUCUCUUCCGAUUCAAGAUGUCUUCCUCUCUAUUUUUCACAAACGGCAGCAGUUCAAUGUCGGUUCCGUGUCAGUGGGAACCCGUUGAAGUAAAAAAACAAAAAAAACAAAGCAACACUGAUAAUUUUUAUACACUUUUUUUUUUUCUGAAGGAGGUUUACUGCUGGCAGUAACCUACGAACACACGGACUGUUUAAAACAAAAGGAACAAACACAAUCUACUUCUGUUUUCAGAUGUCCUUCUGUCUCUCAUGGCAGGUGGACGAGUCAGCUGACUCUUAUAGCUAUAAAAUCACAAGAACAUACCUCACAGUUUUACUUUGUUUUGCAGCGUCGGUGCAGAUUCCCUCCAACCCUUUCUUUCCAGUAUUCCCAGCUUGUCAUUUAGCCUCUAGUUUUCCAAAGUUUGCUGAAGUCCUUUCCGACAGAUAAAUCAUUCAACUUCCUUUAGGCUUUGGCUACAGCAGGGUUUUUUUUUUUUCUAAUAAAGGGUUUAAGCCUUGGAUGAAUCUCUUUUUUUAUAUUAUUAUUAUUUUCUUUUCUGCUUUGAGGGGCAACGAUAUCUCAACCACACUAAUUCAGUUAUGCACACUGUACAGGAAGUGGAUGUGCUGUAUUUUUAUGUUUUAUGAUGGCUCAUUUUUCUACAAUGUUGGUUGUUUUUUUU